GCAGAUGACGCGAGGCUCGGGCUUCCGCUUUGGGGAGCCGGCGGCGGAGUCCGGGACGCGGAGACCUGGGGUCCCGGCAGCUGAGCGGCCUGCGGGCCCAAGGUGGGGAUGCACCGCCGCGGGGUGGGAGCUGGCGCCAUCGCCAAGAAGAAACUUGCAGAGGCCAAGUAUAAGGAGCGAGGGACGGUCUUGGCUGAGGACCAGCUAGCCCAGAUGUCAAAGCAGUUGGACAUGUUCAAGACCAACCUGGAGGAAUUUGCCAGCAAACACAAGCAGGAGAUCCGGAAGAAUCCUGAGUUCCGUGUGCAGUUCCAGGACAUGUGUGCAACCAUUGGCGUGGAUCCGCUGGCCUCUGGAAAAGGAUUUUGGUCUGAGAUGCUGGGCGUGGGGGACUUCUAUUACGAACUAGGUGUCCAAAUUAUCGAAGUGUGCCUGGCGCUGAAGCAUCGGAAUGGAGGUCUGAUAACUUUGGAGGAACUACAUCAACAGGUGUUGAAGGGAAGGGGCAAGUUCGCCCAGGAUGUCAGUCAAGAUGACCUGAUCAGAGCCAUCAAGAAACUAAAGGCACUUGGCACUGGCUUCGGCAUCAUCCCUGUGGGCGGCACUUACCUCAUUCAGUCUGUUCCAGCUGAGCUCAAUAUGGAUCACACCGUGGUGCUGCAGCUGGCAGAGAAGAAUGGCUACGUGACUGUCAGUGAGAUCAAAGCCAGUCUUAAAUGGGAGACCGAGCGAGCGCGGCAAGUGCUGGAACACCUGCUGAAGGAAGGGUUGGCGUGGCUGGACUUACAGGCCCCAGGGGAGGCCCACUACUGGCUGCCAGCUCUCUUCACUGACCUCUACUCCCAGGAGAUUACAGCUGAGGAGGCCAGAGAAGCCCUCCCCUGACUGCGUGUGGAAGGGCACACAGCAGCAGGCAGGGAGGAGGAGGAGGCGGCAAAUAAACCUGGGCAGUUUUGUUUAUAAAAAACAUAGAAAAAAAGUUCCAAGUUUUUCUUUCUUCCCUCAUUCUUUUAUUUUUGAAAAGUGCCUUCACAUUGCAUUUUUUAUUGGAGAAAACCUCGCUCGUUCAGUAAGGAUAAUCUGAUUAACACAGAGAACAGCAAGCACAUAUAAAAUGAUUUUUGCGGGUCAUCUGCAAGUUCAUGGAAGAGCUGGGCCUAGAAUGCAGGUUGUUUCCUGGCCUGUCUAGUCUUUGUAGCUGUGAGACAUAGAUUACAGCCUGUGCUAAUUCAAACCUUUUAAAUGUUCCUUAUCUGUCUCAAACUAGCUGGUCCUAAUGGACCAGUAAAUAAUAUUCACUUUCAGUAUCGUCUGGCUUCCUCUGUAGAGGCUCUAGGUUAUGACAAGGUUAGCUGUGAGUAUGAAGGAAAUAAAUAGAAGUCAAUGUCAAAUCGUGGCUAAAUUGGAGGAAAGAAAACAAUGGAAUCUGAGGGGAAUCAAUAGUUAGGGAAUGUUCUAUUUUUUCAAAUUCCCUACUAGCUUUCUCACCCUCCUGUACUGAUUGCCAGGUCCCCUUAGCCUCAGUAGUGGGAAAGGGAGUCAUUUACUGAACACCUACCCUGUGCCAUUUUACAUACAGCUCACUUAAAUUUCACCAAGUAGGCAGCCUUCAACAUCACAGGUGAUUGAAUCAAAGUAAUUUGCGAGGGCCCGCCAGCUUCAGCCUAGCUAAAGCUGGAGCCUAGGCCUAUUAACCCGAGCCCAUGCCUUCAUGUAUCACUGCAUAGUACAGAAUGGCAGCACAUACUGUGUGUAGACAUUUUUCUACACACAUGGUCAGCCAAGAGUAAAAGCCUCUGCAUCAGAAAGCAAGAAUCUCCUAUAGCAAGUAGAAGUGGUGAUGAGGGAAGAGUCCAGAGUUGUUUAAGGCUCCCAAAGUCCUUAUGGUCUAAAGGCUAAGAUCCUAAAAAAAAGUGCUAGUUUAGUAUUGGAAAUCUGAAAACUCAAUCGUUUUUCCAUACUGAGACCCUUCCUUUAGCAGGAUAUAGCCUGGGCCCAUCUCUACCUCUGCGUAUCCUUGUAGGACAUGCUCACUCCAAACUCUGGAAUAGGUCUGUCUUUGGAAACCACUGAAACUAAGAUAUCACUGACUGCCAGAGCAUGGACCCCAUUUCCAAUGAGAAAACUUGUCCUGCUCUCCCCACCCAGUCCUGCCCUUCCACCAUGUUACGCAAGUCUUUGGCUUCCAGACAAUUCACAGCACUUUCCUUCUCCCUAACAGUUCCAGGCCUAGGUGAGGUGUGGCUGACAAGAUGAUCCCAUUCCUCCUUUACACAAGCCCUCCCACACCCACAGGCACUUCCUCCUUCUGCCAAAACAAACUUUAUUGCACCAAAAAGGAAAAAAAAAAAAACAAAAAAAAAACUUCAUUUAUGUACAGUCAGAUAUAAAGACAUUUCUUUGACUCCUGUGCAUAUAUUUCCUCAAGAUUAGGGCAUAAAAGUCAGGCUGCUAUGCCAGACAUGCUCUGCCCUAUGGCAGGGCCAAGGAGAGGAUUGUCACUUGAAAGUGGGAACACUUAAAUGGAUGACAGACAACACUGGACCCACAGACCAAGGGCAUUCUUCUAAGCCAUGUAGUAGCUCGAGGAAUGGAAGAGGGAAAUUGGAAGCAGGGUUCCUUUUCAAUCUUCAUGUGAAGAGACCCAUCCUCUUCAAGGGUAUCUAAGAUAAACUUCCGUUCCCCAAGCCCACCAAUCCCUGUCCAGUUCCUUUGCUUCCUGCCCUCCCAAAUAGGACAUUCUCCUUUGUGCCCAGCCCCCCUUUGCACAGAUCCUCCAAAGGGAGUCCCACGAUCCACAAGGCAGAGACCUUCAUAGCAGCGGGCAGGGCAGGUACACACUAUCCUCUCCCUUACGCAUGGCUGGACACUGACUGAGCCCUGCAUCACAAGAGUCGCCAAUACCCACUGGGAGCCAUAACAAUAAAUCUGGAAGUACGGGGAGAACAUAUCAAAAAGGGGAAGGAUGGAUUCCCUUGAUGCCCAGGAUUACAGGGCACCUAAAGCACAUUUUUUUUUUCUGAGCCAACCAGCUAAAGGAUCACUGCAGCU